AUGGAUAAGGCGGGCUCGCUGCACAGCUCGGUGCCCGGGCCGCCGCCCCGGCUCUAUCUGCCGCGCAACUUCAGCUGCAGCGCCUGCCUCUAUGGCAGCCUGGCCGAGCAGUGCAGGGCGGGCUGCAGCCCCGACGGCGACGCCGCGCCCACGCCCGUGGUGCGGGAAGCGGCGGGCGAGAAGCCGCCGCCGACCCGCGGCCGGGAGCCCACGCUGCCCGCCGUGCCCCCCAGCCCCACGCAGCGCCGCCGCGCCAAGUCGCUGCCCACGCCCGGCGACCGCAGCCUGCGCCCCGCGCUGCAGCAGAGCCCGUCGCGCCGCAAGACCGUGCGGUUCGCCGACUCGCUGGGGCUGGAGCUCACCUCCGUGCACCUCUUCUGCGAGGCCGACCUGCCGCGGGUGCCGCUGCCCGCGCCGCCCACGCCGCGCCCCGCCGACCUCCUCAAGACCAGGAAGCCGCCGGCGCUGGGCGACCUGGAGCCGGUGCUGUUCGGGCCGCCGCCGCCGCUGCUGGAGCCGCUGUUCCCGCCGCAGCCCGGCGCCAGCCCCGGCUUCGCGGAGCGGGUGCGGCAGCACAAGGUGAGGCUGGAGUGGGUGCGGGCAGAGCCGGCGGGGCUGCGCGGGGCCGUGCGCGUCCUCAACCUCGCCUACGAGAAGGUGGUGUCGGUGCGCUACACGCUCAAUGGCUGGGCCAGCUGCGCCGAGGCUGCCGCCACGUACCAGCCGCCCGCCCCGACCGACGGCAUCAGCGACCGCUUCGCCUUCCUGCUGCCCCUGGGCGCCGCCGCCGCCGAGACCACGCUGGAGUUCGCCGUCCGCUACCGCGUCGCCGGCGCCGAGUACUGGGACAACAACGAGGGCAAGAACUACCGGCUGCGGGGUCGGCAGCGCGUCCCGCCCGCCCCAGGGCCCCCGCAGGACCCCGACAGCUCUGCCUGGAUCCACUUCAUCUGAAACGGGGAGCGCGGAGCCCGCGCAGGGCCGGGGGACCCCUCCCGAGCUGUGUUUACAGGGGGGGAAUUUGUGUUUGCUGCGUUCUAGCGGGGCCGGGGGGAACCCUGGCUCGCCUCCCCGGCGCUCACGGGCUGUGGGCAGGGAGGCCGGGCGCGGGUUCCCCCUCAGUGUCCCCAGCACUGUGGCUUCACCAAAGCAGCGGCUGCCGGCCGGGCUCCGGUGACAGGGCCAGGAAUGUGCGGGAUUCGCCGGUCAGGACCGCGAUCCGCAGGUGAGUGCACAUCCUCCCGGCCCCGGAGGCCAGGCUGAGCUGCUGUCACCUCGGCAGGUUACACGGAAGGCACUGCCACAGGGCAUCCUCCGUGUUUGCCUAAUCCUGCUCAGGCAAAGCUCGGAUCCGCCCUCAGCGCCUCGCUGACCCGCGCCUGUUAAUUGUCCUGAGGGGUCAAGGGCCUGACAGUGUAGGCUGAGGGGCAGAUUAGGUCUGAACCCAAAACCACUAAAGUAUGGAUGCCCCAAGGCGUAGCUCUGUUUCAUUACACAGUGAAAGUAUUCGAUUUAAAGAAAUUUUUUUUUUUUUAAUUUUUGAACCCUGUUUUCGGGUAUUUAAUCAUAGUUAGAAAGCAAAAAAAUAGUGUCACAUCCUAUUUGAAACGCAACUCACUGAGAGGUUUUUAAAAGAAAGUGGUUUUGGUUUAGAAUUCAUGCGGUAGGUUGAUGGAAAGUUUGUCAGGGUCUGGCGUUUGUUUCAGUAGGAUUGGUCCCACAGAGCUGCUUGUGUUCAGGGCAGCAGGAGAGUUGUGGAAUUGCACCAAAAGAGCGAGAGACGACAAGAGUUGAAUCCGUAAUUCCAGUCUGCAUCACGAGCAACACCUUCAUUUUUCUUCUUUUGACCUUUUAAUUAAACAGUAUCAGUGCAAGAGCCUGCUUUCUGAAUUUCCUGCUCCAAAUUCUUCAUCAGUAAGUGAUGGAUUUUACAAAACUGGUGAGGUUUAAUCAGAGAAAUCAAAGAAAGUUCUACCUUGGCAUAUAAAAGUAUAUCAAUCAAAUUUACACAGCAUACUGACUUCUGCCUUCAAAGGUAUAUUUUAAAUUAUAUCAGCACUAAACAAAGCAUUUUCCUUUUUAAACAUGCUUUUUCAGGAGUUCAGCUGAAUACAGGUUGUGCUGGUGCCAAAUCUGGGUGCUAAUUUUCCAGGAUUGAAGCAUGAAUGUGUUUGCUGGAGAGGGGCCUCUGCAAAUAUAACUAAUGAGAGUGGUAAAACCAUGUCAGUGUGAAUUUCUGGUUGUGAAGGGCUGUAAGAUCAGGCAUUUAGGUUUUGAAUUUUCUGUAGGUUUCAGGAGGAAAUGCAAUUUUUUAAACUGCAUUUUGGUAUUUCUUGAAACGGUUAAGUGUCCCAAGCAGCUUGAGUAAUGUCUGGAGUAAUGAGUUCUCACAGAACCUUUUGACUCUGGUGAGAACUGAGAGCAGUUUUGUCUCCUGAGGGUCGGAUUCAGUCAGAAUAAUUAAACUUAUAAAUUCUGGGGGAAAAAGAGGUGUGGAAACUCAAUGGGAAAAGAACAUUUAAUUUCAUUUCUGUAGAUUACUGGUUUUGAUUUAAUGGAAGUAAUAGCAAGACUGCUUUCUGUAGUAUUGGUAGCUUGGUUUUAAUUUCCCAGUCAGUGUUCUGAUCCCUGUGCUUUUAAUGAAACUAAACAGAAAUACACUGUCAGCAUCUACUGAGUAUUUCACAUUUUAGUAUAUUAAGGUCCCCAUAUUGUAAUCCUGUAAGUUAGUAGAACACAUUUAUAAAGCUAGAAUUGCACAAAUAGGAUCUUAAAAUGUUCAUGAUUAAAACAUACUAAGUGGUGUGUUUGAUAAAGCAAGCCCAAGUGUCUUUCAGUUGAACUUUUAUAAGAGCCUUAAUACUGGAGAGAAGGAAAAGGACUUGUCUCCAUUUGAAAGCACUUUGAAAUCUGGUAGAAAUAUAGCAAACCAUCAUUUAUUUAUGUGCUGUAGCUUUCCAAAGCUUGGCCUUUUUAACUGACAGAGUGAACCAACAGCAGUUAUGUGGACUAAUGAAAAUGCUUGGAGAAAAAAGUUUCUAUGCAUUUUAGAUCAACUGAUGCUGCGACUUUGCUUUUGAAGUGUUAACAGAAUUUUCUGUUUAUUGUUUCAAUGGCUUUAAAAAACAUGGACAGCUCUAAAAAACAUUUUUAAUGCUGAGCAAUUCUAGAACUCCAAAAUUAUUUCCCAGUGAUUGGCAGUUUUCAUUGUCGUUUGA